GAUAAAAUCGAACGGAGCCAUACAAUGGCACUACUUUAGCUGCGACGAUAUGAAGCAUUGCCAACAACAUAAACUGCAAUAUUCAAAACAAAAAAGGCGAAUUCACUAACCAUGCCGGCAUCACAGUUGAUUAUCUUCAUAGCGUUCAUUAUCGUUACACAAAUCCAUCGAGGUCAGUUCCUCCGGUGUACAUUCUGUGACUCAACGCUCAGUUUCGAGAGCUGCGAUAGUGGUGGUGAGCUGCUCGAAUGCUCCGACCGGCUUGUCCGUAUUGAACAUGAGUUUCUGUUAUCGCUCAAUCCUACGCUCACCCUGGAUGAACCUUCCAAUGCGACCGGAUAUCGAUGUUUCCGAGUUCAACUGCAGCUCGGCGAUACCCGGAACGGAUUUGCCAAGGGAUGCACAUUCCGAGAUGUAGAUUUCUGCACUGGUUGGAGUCAGCCGAGCAAGGUGAUCGAUUGUGCAACCUGCGGUAGUGGGGAUGAAUCUGGAGAGUGUGAGCAAACAGAUGAUAACUCGAGCACUCGAGUUCAAGCUAGCUCUUGCAGUUUCAUAUUCGCGUUCACGGUAUUCUUUGUAUGCGCCUUAAUGCAAUCAACACUUCGAAUAGAUGGUUAUUGAAAUUCAAGGUUCAUUGAUACUAUCACAUUGAUAAUCAUAUAUGGAGAAAAAUAUGUAGAAUAUGACUCUGUA